CAGUUUCAGUAAAUUUUAUCGCGAAAUAUCGAUGCUUCAAUGAAAUAUUUCGCUAUAUCGAUAAGUAAUAUCAGCCUUAGAUGACCGCACGUUGUUCUUCUGCAGGCCUUAGUCUACAAUAAAGCGAAAUGGCACCGGGUGUGCAAAUUACAAGCGACAGCGACUUGGAUGUGGUAUUGGAGGAGUUUAAGAUUAAACAGGCUCGUCGCAACAGCACCGGUCCCAAGUACACAUGCAGCAUAAGCGGUUGCAAUGAGAGCUUCAAGCGUCUGGACCAAUUGGAUCGCCAUGAAUACCACCAUACGGGUAUUAAGAAGCACGCUUGUAGCUACGAAGGCUGUGAUAAGACUUAUUCAAUAGUCACCCACUUGAAGCGCCAUCUGCGCAGCACACACGAGCGUCCUGAGGAGCCACAGAAAACAGUAAAAUGCAGCUUGCCACAGUGCGACAAGAUGUUCAUAUCGACUAGCAACAUGACGCGCCAUUUGCGCGAGGCACAUGAGUGUCCGCGCGAAUACGAGUGCCGCUUCUGCUCGCUCAAGUUCAGGCAAAAAAUGAAGUUGCGCCGCCACGAGAUCGUACGUCACACACAGCAAUUUCCGUUUCGUUGUGAGAAAUGCAAGCGCGGCUUCUAUCAACAGUGGCAGCAGGAGAGUCACCAGCGUAGCUGCAGACUCUACUCUUGCCCCCAAUGCGAACAACAGUUUGAGAAAUGGACGCUCUACACAAAGCAUUGCCGCGAAACACUACACGGACGCGAGCGCCACAAGUGCGAGCACUGCGACAAAAACUACGACAAACCCAGUGCCUUGAGUGCUCAUAUUGCUGCCAAACAUCCAGCAAAUGCGGAAUCAACAUUCUCAUGCACCGAGCCUGGCUGCAAUCGCAGCUAUUCGUAUGAGCGUAAUUUGCGUCAGCAUAUCCUGACCAGUCACACGGGCAGGCGCUUUGAGUGCCUGGCCGUUAAUUGCCAGCGCUGUUUUAGCAGUGCCCAAAAUCUAAGCAAACAUUUGCAGCGCGAUCACACAGCCAAAGAGCGCCAGCCAGCUAAAAAGAAGCAAACGCUAGACACAAACGCAAAUGGAGUCCCGGCAACAACGCGCAAGCGUCGCCGUGAUGCGGGCAAAUCCGCCCGAUCGCAGCUCUCUAAACUUGCUUGCGUGGUGCUCGACAAGGAGGUUGAUAAGCAGGUGCGCCUGCGCCAACCAUCGGCGCUAACGAGCGUGGCCAAGGAGUUGCAAGAGAAACAAGACGAAGAAAUGGAAUUAGAGCGGUUGCUGGAACAUACGCUUGAAGACGACUGCUAAAUAAACCACAAUGAGGCAACAACAACUUGAAUUCAAAUAAAAGCCUGAAUAUAUAUAAGUAGAUUUAUAUAUGCAUUUUAUAGUGGAAUUCCUUUUAUGAUUGGCUCCUUCAAUUCAUAGCAUAUAAUUUAUAUAAUAUAUAAUACAUAAGUUUGUUUGUAUGUUUUUGUUCAUAUAUCGGCUUAUUUAAAAAGGCAUUCUUUAAUUGCGAUCUUUCAUCUUUUCAUGAAGAGUUUAACAAAUAUUCUUAAGCUUUCUUGAAGAAAAUUUAAUAUUUUAGCCUCUCUAAUCUUUGCAACUGCCUAGAUUAUUCGAAUAUAAAAAUUUAAUUUUGAAAAUUGGAUAUUCUAUAAUUCCAUAAUUUUAUAUAUUACAAGUUUCUUCUAGUCAAUAAAUAAGCUAUAUAAUAAAUUCGGCUCUAGAUCUACUAUAUUAGGCUAUACAAAUGGAGACAAAUACAAAGAAUUGAAGUCA